AUGAAACUCAUGAUUGAAAGUGGAAUGAAAAGCUCUGUGAAAGUAGCAAAUGCACACUUCCAUUGUAUAUUCAAAAAUUAUGUUUAUAUUCUUCUGAUGUUAUCAUCUAACACACCCAAAUUAAGAAACUUCAAACGUGAUCCAAACAGGUCAAAGGCAAAAACACUUCUGACUUCGAGAAGAUUUUUCCGCUAUGAGAUGCUGCUGAGAGAAAAUGAGAGAGAGAGAGGAAAAUCUUCUACAGGAUAA